AUGAAGGGUGUUGUUCUUUCCAUCAGCUUCUUGUUUUGUUGCUUCCUGCUGCUUUUGGAUUCUUCAAUUUCACUUCCUCUAUGCGUUGAUUCGAGGGCACCGUUUACCCUGAAUACGACACUCGGAUUUUGUCCUUACAAUGGAAGCACGUGUUGCAACUCCACAGAAGAUGCACAAAUAGAGAACCAGUUCCGAAUGAUGAACAUAUCUGAUCUUGGCUGUGCCUCUCUAUUGAAAUCAGUACUUUGUGCGAGGUGUGACCCAUUUUCAGCAGAGAUAUUUACAGUUCAAUCCUCACCCAGAUCAGUUCCUGUGCUUUGCAAUUCCAGCAUACCAGCAAAUUCUUCCCAGUCAAAGGCAGCAGUGGGGGAUUUCUGCUCUCAAGUAUGGGACACAUGUCAAACUGUAUCCAUAGUAAAUUCUCCAUUUGCCCCUUCAUUACAAGGUCAAGCAGGAGUACCAGUUCAUGCCAAUGCUACCAAACUGACUGAAUUAUGGCAGUCCAGAACUGAUUUUUGCACUGCAUUUGGUGGAGCAUCUGAUAAUUCAUCAGUAUGCUUUGAAGGGGUACCUGUUUCUCUAAAUAAAACUGUGACUCCUAUUAUCCCCCCUCAUGGCUUGUGCCUUGAGAAAAUUGGUAAUGGAUCAUAUCUCAAUAUGGUGGCUCAUCCUGAUGGCUCUAACCGCGCAUUCUUCUCUAAUCAAAUGGGGAAGGUUUGGCUGGCAACACUUCCGGAUGAGGGAUCAGGAGGAACAUUGGAAUUUGAUGAAUCAAGUCCCUUUGUUGAUCUAACUGAUCAAGUUUAUUUUGAUACUCAGUUUGGAAUGAUGGGCAUGGCAUUUCAUCCAAAUUUUGCAAACAAUGGUCGAUUCUUUGCUUCAUUUAACUGUGAUAAAUCCAAGUGGUCAGGAUGUACUGGAAGAUGUUCAUGUAAUUCAGAUGUUAAUUGUGAUCCAUCAAAGAUAGGUACUACUAAUGGUGCCCAACCAUGCCAAUAUCAAACUGUUAUUGUAGAAUAUACUGCUAAUGGCACCGCAUCUCAGCCUUCCUCGGCAGAAAGUGCUAAACCAACUGAAGUGAGAAGGAUAUUCACCAUGGGCCUCCCAUUUAUCUCUCAACAUGGAGGUCAGAUACUUUUUGGACCUGAUGAUGGGUAUUUAUACUUCAUGAUGGGAGAUGGAGGAGGUUCAGGUGAUCCAUACAAUUUUGCACAAAACAAGAAAUCCUUGCUUGGAAAGAUUAUGAGGCUUGAUAUAGACAACAUCCCAAGUGCAGCAGAUAUUAGCAAACUUCAGCUUUGGGGUAACUAUUCCAUUCCAAAAGACAAUCCAUUCAGUGAAGAUAAAGAUCUGCAGCCUGAAAUAUGGGCCUUGGGACUAAGAAAUCCUUGGCGAUGCAGUUUUGAUGCAAAAAGACCUUCCUACUUUGUGUGUGCAGAUGUAGGACAGGAUCUUUACGAGGAAGUGGAUCUCAUCACAAAGGGUGGAAACUACGGCUGGCGUGUUUAUGAGGGCCCCUAUUUAUUCAAACCUACACAAUCACCUGGAGGCAAUACUUCCCUAAACUCCAUAAAACCAAUUUUCCCAAUACUGGGAUACAACCAUUCUGAAGUAAACAAGAAUGAAGGAUCAGCAUCCAUCACUGGAGGAUAUAUCUAUCGGUCUAACACUGAUCCUUGCACAUAUGGAAGGUACUUGUAUGGAGAUCUAUAUGCGGGUGCAAUAUGGGCAGCCACUGAAGAACCAGAAAAUAGUGGGAAUUUCAGCACUAGCAGAAUUCCCUUCAGUUGUGCACAUGAUUCUCCUGUAAAAUGUGACACCAUACCUGGAAGCUCCCUUCCAGCUUUAGGCUACAUCUUUUCAUUUGGUGAAGACAACAAGAAAGAUAUUUAUAUCCUUGCAAGCACUGGUGUUUACCGAGUUGUUCCUCCAAGUCGCUGCAGUUAUGCUUGCUCACUGGAAAAGGCAACAAAUACUACAAGCUCGGCUCCUUCUCCUUCUCCCUCUCAUGCUAACCGUUUGAGUAACUUUUCUGCAUAUCUGUUUUUGCAGUUUUCAUCUUUCUUGCUGCUUUUGUUGGGUUUUAUGUAG